GAACUUGUUGCCAACAGAUAUGGCGGACUUCGACUGGAAACGCGAACGAGAGGUCCUUCGUGGCCCCUUCCCUUUCUUCGACAAUACCAUGAUUUUCGAGCUAUUGGAUGUGGAUGAAAGCGAAGCGACAGCUUUGAUGCGGAUAACUUACAAGGGCAAUGACCCACUACUCAAGAAAGGCCGCGGUCACCCACUCGUACCGCCUUUGCAUCUGCACUUCAAGCAAACCGAGACCUUCAACGUAAUUCAAGGCGAGAUGGCUAUAGUGACCGGCUGGGAUGAGAAAGAAACCAUCCUUCGCCCAGAUAACACGCCCAAGGAUGUUGAACCCAUGCUCCCACACACGCCUUACUGCUAUGGCGGCGAUGUAGAUACCAUUGUCCUCAUUCGAGCGCACCCAGCUGCCGAGAACGAUCCAUUGGGCGCUGUGUUCUUCGAACACUUAUUUCGACUUUUGGACGAAGCACACAGGGCUAAGAAGGCACCCGAUGGGAUUCAAGUCAUGGUGAUGCAACACGCCACCGAUUCCGCACUUGUUAUGUUUCCGUCUCAUGAAUGGCUUGGUAGCCUGCGUUGGCGGAUACCAUGGCUAUUCCAAGCUGGCCUGGCGAAUCUCGGGUGGCUGCUGGGCUAUACGCCAGAGAUCAAGAGGUUCAUGCACUUGGAUUGAGCGAGCGAUGAUACAAAUGAAGGGAAGCCAGUCAGCCUUCAACGCCGUAUGACGGAGCAUGAUCAUAUGUGAGUCCAGCAAAGCGUUCGCGUAGUCGUGCAUCUGUUCUCACAAGACAAGCUCGUUUUUCUUCUUUCCUCAAAGAGCUUGCGUGAAGUGUUCUCGUGUUAGAAGACAUCGUCAUAUUACACCACAACUUAUGUCUGUCUGCGAUGAGUCCAACCCGAGGUUCACAGAGGACGAGAAGUUUGGAGCAAG